UUAGGCAAACGAUGAACAAAAUAUGCAUAAUCGACAUCAAUAAAGGCGUAAUAAUGCAAAUUUUGAUCAAAAUUGACGUGAAUGUAACAAACUUGAACCGCCUCGUAGAUAAUUUUUGAAUUAUGAGAAUUUCUGAAAUGGAAAGUAGGAAUAAUGGGAACAGCGUUUAACGUAAAUGCAAUAUUAUUAAAUACCCACAAAAUGUCAACAAAGUGAAACAUUAUAAUAUUUUGAAGUGAUGCGAUUGUUUUAUGGUUACUUGGAUCUUUAACUUCUACGGUUGAGUGCAAAGAAGGUUAAGUUUGUUUUGAUUAAAGUUCUUUUGAACAAUUUCGUUAUAAACAUGUUUUCUAAGAAGAAGAAGAAGCCUCAGAUCUCUCCACCUACGAAUUUCGAACAUCGUGUACACACCGGAUUUGAUAAAAGAGAAGGCCGAUAUGUGGGUUUACCUUUGCAGUGGGCAUCGAUAGUAGGCAAUAACCAAAUAUUAAAAUCGACAAAUCGUCCCCUGCCAUUAGUUGAUCCAUCUGAAAUUACGCCAACUGAGAUAUUAGAUUUAAAAACAAUAGUUCGCGGGGAGCACAGCAAAGUUGAAAAUCGGAUCCUUCCACAGCAAACCAAACCUCCUGUUUCGAACGGCAUUAUUCUUCCAAAAACGUCUAAUGUGGCACGUUCGAAUUCUCUGAGAUCUUCCAGUCCACCUCGUUUGCGGAGAGAUCAUCACAACGCUAACGUACCACCUUCGGUUCCCGAAGAGCAGAUAUUGCAAUAUCCGUCAUUACGCCGAGAACCUUGUGUAAGUAAACCACAAGUGCGAGAGGAGUCACCGGCCGAACGCUCGCUCAGUAAUCACGAAGGUAGUAAUUCUCAUCUCAAUGGAAACACACAAGAACCGUAUGUAGGUUACCGCGAUCAUCCUCAAGUGUCACCCGCCAAUUCUGUGGCAGCACCUCCACCGAAUUACGUUCCUCAUACUCAGUCGACCUCCAGCUCACACCAAAACGUAGCGCAACUCGGAUUCCCAACGCGACCCGAUCAGAAUCAAAAUAUUAAAAAUGGAACACAAGUCUUACCUCACCCCACCAUUCCCCCGUCGGUCUCUACGGCCAGCAAACAACACCACGAGCAACGGCUGACGCACGAACAAUUCCGUGCCGCUCUUCAAAUGGUAGUGUCUCCUAAAGACCCCCGUGAAUCCCUCGAACAGUUCAUGAAAAUUGGGGAAGGCUCCACGGGCACUGUAUGCAUAGCACGUGAUCGAAACACAGGCCGGCAAGUGGCUGUAAAGAAAAUGGAUCUUCGAAAACAGCAGAGGCGCGAGUUGUUAUUCAAUGAAGUCGUAAUAAUGAGGGAUUACCACCACGCAAAUAUUGUAGAAAUGUUCGACAGUUACUUAGUUAAUGACGAGUUGUGGGUCGUAAUGGAAUUCCUCGAAGGAGGUGCUUUGACAGACAUUGUGACACAUUCGAGAAUGGACGAGGAACAAAUCGCCACCGUUUGCAAACAGUGCCUCAAAGCGUUAGCGUACCUUCACUCGCAAGGCGUCAUACAUCGAGACAUAAAAUCGGAUUCCAUACUUUUAGCACCGGACGGUCGUGUCAAACUGUCAGACUUUGGCUUUUGCGCCCAAGUUUCUCAGGAGUUACCUAAACGUAAAUCUCUCGUCGGUACGCCUUAUUGGAUGUCGCCCGAAGUGAUUAGUCGGUUGCCUUACGGACCCGAAGUGGACAUAUGGUCGUUGGGUAUCAUGGUGAUAGAGAUGGUCGACGGUGAGCCGCCAUUUUUCAAUGAACCGCCACUGCAGGCGAUGAGAAGAAUUAGAGAAAUGCCACCGCCCAAAUUCAAAAAUAGUCAUAAGGUUUCGCCACGGUUGCAAGGAUUUUUGGAACGAAUGCUCGUUAGGGACCCUACUCAGCGCGCCACCGCUUCAGAUUUACUACACCAUCCAUUCUUAAGGCAAGCAGGUCCUCCAGCUUUAUUAGUGCCGUUAAUGAGAGGUGCCAGGCAUACCAAUUACUAAAAUCAUGUUCGCAUCUGAAGAGACUGGACAUCUCGGAAACUAAUUUUAAUGAAAUUAAAGGUACUACUUAACUUUGAACAUUAAAUCGAACGCAUUUUUAUAUAAAUCACGAAUUUUUAUCCUUUUUGUUAACAUUGUUUUUUUUGCCAUAUUAUGUUAACCGUGCUCGAAUUGGCGCUGGCAGUGUAUUUGCGAUGGAAAUUACGUUCGUGCAUAUGGCGAAGAGAAGUAGCAACUAUCAUCGAAACAAAACUAACAAUUUUUUACCAAUUGCUGCCAUUCCUUACUAAGUAUUUGUAAUUUCCAUAAAUGUCGCGAACAUUUCAUAUAGCUAUGUUCUUAUCCCUAAUCCCUAUUAUUACUAUGUUAUGAUAAUCAGUUAUCACUAUGCGUGUUUGUAAAUUUAUUUGUAAAUUAGUUACCUGAUUCAAUUUCGUAUCUAUAAUUUGACAUCAUGACUCCAAAUAUUUACACCUUUACUUUUUUCAUCAUUUUUCAACUACUUAUUAUUAAGUAUAUGUCUGUACAUUAUGUAGAUUGAAUGUGUGAAGUGAUAAAUUACCCAGUAUUUUUUAGUUUAUGUUUUUAACAUACAUACAACAAUUUUAUUUUGUGUCAGUUUUACGGUGUACCAGUAUUACUCAUUCUGCCCUACCGUCCAAAACAUGUGCCUUUUAAUUGAAAAAAACAUCUAAUGUGUAUUAUUAAGCCAGAGCGUAUUUAUAUUGUAUUUUAAGGCAGCUCUUGUGUUAUGUUUAAGUAUAACAUAUAAUGUACUUACUUACACAAUGUCACUAUUUUGUUGUAAUAAAAUUUCUCAUGUUUG